CUUCCGGAAGCCGGAAGUUGUCAGCCCAGCCCUCUUAAGUGGGCGGCUGGGGUCGCCGAGGCGGGAGGAGCCCGGGGGGGCGCGGGCCUGCAUGUUUAAACUACUGUUAGAGUCGUGCUCACUCUUCCAAAUUUCCUGUGACCAAGCUUACUUCUGCCCGAGUUGGACCUUCUUUCUGGAGGGAUUUUGUGUUGGAAGACAUGGAUCUUGCUGCUAAUGAAAUCAGCAUUUAUGACAAACUUUCAGAGACGGUUGAUUUGGUGAGACAGACAGGCCAUCAAUGUGGUAUGUCUGAGAAAGCCAUUGAAAAAUUUAUCAGACAGCUGCUGGAAAAGAAUGAACCUCAGCGGGGUCCACCCCAGUAUCCUCUUUUGAUUGCUGUGUAUAAGUUACAUAUAACUGUCUACCUUUAUCCCAAGCUAACUACCUGUAUUUACUUCCCCACCCCCCAUUUAGAUUUUGACUUCUCUCAGAUUUGGACCAACAACUGUGAGCAGAAUCGGUCGGAGACGGUCCCUGCUGACUGCACCGGCUGUGCUCACCAGUUGCCCCUCAAGGUGGUACUUGUGGAAGAUGUCCCGAAGAACUUUGAUGGCCUCCAUCCUCUGGUUAUCAAGACGGGCCAGCCUGUGAUGUCUGAGGAGAUGCAGCACUUCCUGUGCCAGUACCCCGAGGCGACAGAAGGCUUCACGGAAGGGGUUUUCGCCAAGUGGUGGCGUUGUUUUCCUGAGCGGUGGUUCCCAUUCCCUUACCCAUGGAGAAGACCUCUGAACAGAUCACAAAUUUUACACGAACUUUUUCCUGUUUUUAACCAUCUGCCGUUUCCAAAAGAUGCCUCCUUAAAAAAGUGCUUCCGUCUCCACCCAGAGCCUGUUGUGGGAAGUAAGAUGCAUAAGGUGCAUGACUUAUUUACUCUUGGCAGCGGAGAGGCCAUGUUGCAGCUCAUCCCUCCCUUCCAGUGUCGAAGACACUGUCAGACCGUGGCCAUGCCCAUAGAGUCCGGGGACAUUGGCUACGCCAGCGCCCCACACUGGAAGGCCUACAUUGUAGCCAGAGGGACGCAGCCUUUGGUCAUCUGUGAUGGAACCACUCUCUCAGCACCAUAGGAAACAGAACUGUAGGAGCAGCUUAGCGUGCUGACCACCAGGUUGAAAGGGAAGAAAUGAAAAGGAAGACCGAGCCACGUUCCAGGGGCUGGUUCCUCAGCUCCCGCCCUUGGCAUGCAUGUGCCCGCCAGCUGCUCCUCCCCCAGAUGGCUCAAGAAGGAGCCUGGCUGCAUCACUGGGGCUCUGCCAGCAUCUGUCUGGGGCUCAUCUAGCCUCUGGAUGCUGUGGCCUGAGUUUGCCCCACUGGCAGGAAAUCUACGCGGCGCCCUCCUCCACUGGGAAGGCGGUGGAGGUGGCGGCCGGUGGAUCCUGGCAUACAGCUGCCCCUUUGCAAAUGGACCUGAUCUUUUCUGUCUGCCCCGUACCCCGAUGGAAAUCCAUGGCCAAGGAAGUCACAGCACUUUGCCAAGCAGAGUGGAAUUGAGAACAGAAGAUCAAAUAACUUGAAUUGCAGUUAGAUAUGUGAGGCCCUGGGUUCCAGCACUGCAAAGUGCAAACCCAAAGUUUACCAAACCCUCCUUCCUAGCGUCC